GAGGUGAUAGUAAGAGUGGCGGUGAUUGGUUGACCCUGCGCCUGGGCGGGAGCUGCUGGAAGCGGAGGCUGCGAGUGGGGGCCUAGAGGAGUGGAGGGGUAACAAGAUGGCGGCAGAGACGGUGGAGCUGCAUAAACUGAAGCUUGCUGAAUUAAAGCAGGAAUGUCUUGCUCGUGGUUUGGAGACCAAGGGAAUAAAACAAGAUCUCAUCAACAGGCUCCAGGCCUAUCUUGAAGAGCAUGCUGAAGAGGAGGCAAAUGAAGAAGACGUACUAGGAGAUGAAACAGAGGAAGAAGAACCAAAGCCCAUAGAACUGCCUGUUAAAGAGGAAGAACCCCCUGAAAAAACUGUUGAUGUGGCAGCGGAAAAGAAAGUAGUAAAAAUUACAUCUGAAAUACCACAGACUGAGAGAAUGCAGAAGAGAGCUGAAAGAUUCAAUGUACCUGUGAGCUUGGAGAGUAAGAAAGCUGCCCGGGCAGCUAGAUUUGGAAUUUCUUCAGUUCCCUCAAAAGGCCUGUCAUCUGACACCAAGCCUAUGGUUAACCUGGACAAGCUAAAGGAAAGAGCUCAAAGAUUUGGUUUGAAUGUUUCUUCAAUCUCCAGAAAGGUAAAGUACUGCUUUUGCAAUGUUAGAACAGCUUAGGGACUACCAGGUUAAGAAUGUAACACUUUGGCCGAAACCAGCCUUUGGCUCUCAUCUCCUCUCACUGACUACUGAUUGUAUUACAGAAAUUGUUUCACAAAGCUAAUUGGUUCCCCCCCACCCAGAUUGUUUUCAUAACUUCUACUUAGGCUGUUUGAGCAUGCUCUGUAUUUCUCUUGGUUGUCGAAAAAAAAAUUUUUUUAAAUUAUUUUUUCCCAUUUGAGCAUAGAAAUAUUGAGCUCUUUGGAAAUUCAUAGGAAAAAAUUGACCUGACUAGUUACUGGUUAUAUUUUUGCUCAGGAAAAAAACUGAACACUAAGAAGUAAACACUUGUACCUGCAGUGGGAGGAGUGGGGGAGAACGACUCAUAAUCUUGCUUACAGCUAUGUUUCAUCUUCCCUUCCUUUUGUGUUUACCAGAAAUACAACAUCAGCUCUGUGUGCUCAGUUUGAUGCUGAAACCAUAGGUGUUCAAUAGGAGUAUUUGCUGGUUUGUGUGAAAUUUUUACAAUUUAGGAGUCGAGAGAAAGGCAGAGUAUGUGAUUCUUAAACCACGUGCAGCUUAAUUGGGAAGAAUUACUAUAAACCCAAAGUCAUUUGUGUUUUGCUAGAUGGCCAAGGGAAAGGAUGCUUUGGAUGUGUGGCCCUGGAUUUCAUCUAUCUCCUUUUGUAUAUGAGGGUUAGGUGUCUGAGAAUCUCAGCAAUAACUUCACUCUUCUAAGGAAUUAUGUAUGUUCGUAUGUUCCAUCAAAAUGAAUUAAAUUGAACAUUGUACCUCCUA